GGUCGACAAAACCAAGUCUCAAGAACUUAUCCGUUUGAUUGACUUGAAGAAUCCAACUGAUUUUGCGAAAAUAUGGAAAAGAUGGUGUUAAAUUCAGCGCUAGUGGCCGGAGGGUUCGUGGCAGGAGCUGGAACUUACGGCCUGGUGCAAUAUGCGGUGGGUUGGUGGCGCAGCUCACGAUUGACGGGAGAGGAACAUAAUGUGGAACCACACCCAAAUGAACCUAUAUUAACAACAGAACACAGAGUAGACGAAGACGAAGUCGAAGAGGUCCCACGUGGACCAAAGCCGGAUUUGGGAGAGGAACACAAUGUAGAACCGCACCCUUUUGAACCUAUAUUAACAACAGAACACAGAGUAGACGAGGAAGUCAAAGAGGUCCCACGUGGACCAAAGCCGGAUUUGGGAGAGGAACAUAAUGUAGUACCGCGCCCAAAUGAACCGAUAUUCAUAACAGAACACAGAGUAGACGAGGAGGUCGAAGAGGUCCCACGUGGACCAAGGCCGGAUUUGCGACGUUAUAUGGAAAUGUUGGUUAGAGAAGAG